AUGUCUGACAACAUCAUCGCCAAGGAGAUGAAGAAUGCUCCAAGAGCGGCCCCGACUGUUGAGGUUGUGCCAGGAGGAGAACCCAUUUCCGUGAUUUCACCUCUCAAGCCACUGAGUUAUGAAGAAGCCGACGCAAAGAUCCGCGAGGGUGCCGACUCCUUCUCUUUCAACGUUGCGGACGAUUGCCUGGGCCGUGUGGAUGUGGUCAGUCUUGGGACUAAACUCCCGUCAGAGGAUCGUUGGGAUGUCGGCGUUGUGAAAGGGACAGUUGGACAGGAGACACUGUAUGCUGGAAUCUACGAUGGACACAAUGGGAUCGAAACCUCUGAGUUCCUUCGUAAAAACCUCAUUCCAUACGUGGCCAAUGCACUGGCUAGUUUACCUACAGAAAACGAUCCUGCCAGCGUCGAAGACGCUAUCCGAAAGGCUUUUGUCAGCUUGGAUGACCGCAUCAUGGGUAUUGCUGAGACGGCGCUUGCCGCAGGUCACCCAGCUGGCACAGCCGAGCCCAGCUCUGCGACUCUACGUAUCGCGCUCGCCGGCGAUUCCCGAGCCGUGAGGGCGCAGUGGUCUCCAGAGCUCGACAAGCCGCUGGUUGACGUACUGAGCCAGGACCAGACUGUGUGCAACGAGCAAGAGUAUGCACGCAUCGCGGCCGCGCACCCCGGAGAAGCAGACGAUAUCAUGGAUACGGCCUCGCGAUCCCUUCUGGCCAUGGGGGUCACGAGGGCCUUUGGGGACCAUCGAUGGAAGUGGCCCGCCGAGCUGGUCAUGCAAGCCCGGGGCAACUGCCACGGCCCGCGGCCCCUGGGCAAGUCCAAGACACCACCGUACAUGACGGCGUCCCCAGAGAUGACGACGCGCGUCGUCGGGCCGCGCGACUUUGUGAUUCUCGGCUCCGAUGGGCUCUGGGAGGCCAUCAGCAACGAGGAUGCCGUCGAGUGCGUGUCGCGCUGGGUCGCGGCGCGGCGCGCGGGCACGACGGAGAGGGUGGCCGAGUCGCGCGAGUCUCGGUACGAUGUCAACGAGGACGGCUCUCUGAGCCGCACGGCGCGACCGGAGGACUUUGCCAUUGAAGAUUUGGACAACGCGGCAGUGUGUCUGCUCAAGAACGUUCUCGGUGGCAGGCACAAGUACAUGGUGGCAGGAGCGUUAACGGCGACCCCACCGAUCAGCCGCUAUGUACGAGACGACAUAACUGUGCAGGUGAUUUUCUUCCAGGCCCCUUGA